GCAUGUUGUCCUCCAUCGCCGACAGGCUGCCCUCUCGCCUGCAGCUCGGCACUUUUGCUGCUCUCGCACUUUCUUUGCUGCUCAUUUCAAGACGCGCUGCACGCAAACUAGAUCGCCCUCGUAAAAUUCCUAAGCAGGAGGAGCGCGUUGUGAUCAUCGGGGCGUCCAGCGGAAUCGGACGGGAGAUUGCACAUGAAUACGCAAUAAGGGGUGCACGCGUGUGCGUCGUUGCGCGUAGGGAGGAGGAACUGAGAAGGGUCCUUGAGGAGUGCCAGGUCUUGUACGUGGAGGCAGGAUUUGGAGACACCGGGAGAGUCUUCAGCGUUGCCACUGACUUCACAAAUGUCGAGCAAAUGGUACAGCUGAGGGAAAGACUAAAAUUAGAGUGGGAUGGCGUAGAUACGGUUUUUGUGUGUGCAGGGGCGAGUGCGCUGCGACCUCUCAUGGAGGUCGCCGGGCUUGACAGACUCGCAAACGGGUUCAAUCCUCCGGAAGCCGGCGUCAUAGGCAUCCAGCAUACAGUGGACGUUGCUUCUACCGCUGCAAAGGUCAACUAUUUGGGUCCCCUCAUCUCUGCUGCGGCCUUCCUGCCGUUGCUCCAAAGUAGCUCUAUCGCCCCUUCAAUCGCCCUGAUCUCUUCUCUUGGAGCAGUCAUCCCAGCUCCUACUCGCUCUCUAUACUGUUCCACCAAAGCCGCGUCGCUCAUGCUCUAUCAAGCGCUCUCCAUCGAGCACCCCGCCGUUGCCUUCUCCCUCAUCAUUCCUACUACUGUGCGAGGCAGUUUUCGUUCAUCUGCUGUUGACGCCGGAGUAGUACGUGAAGUGGAUCCGAAUAAGGUCGGACUGAGGCCUGAAGCUGUGGCAAAGAGAUCUGUGAGGGCAGUGGAUGCCGGCGAAAAGCAUGUCUUCAUGCCGUAUGUCUUUGGUAGGUUUGGUCAUCUUCUGUAUUGGCUAGCGCCUAGUUUCGUGGAGUGGCGGGCGAGGGCAAAGUACAACUUCGCCUCGUAAUGCUAGUGCAGCUUCUGACAUUGUAAAGCUCUAUUGCAUGGACACCAUCACUGUUUUAACCCUAAACGUUGUGACGUUUCUAUCGUACACAGUUGUAUUUUACAUGUAACCAAUAGGACGAC